CCCUCUCUUCCCUUCCCUAUCUUCUGCCACUACCUCGAACAUUUUCCUUCACAUUCCGCUCCCGUCCUCUUACUUUCUUUGCUACCAAACACUCGCAACGCAGAGACAUGAAAUUCGGAAAGAGUCUCAGCAUCCAGAUUGAAGAGGCUUUACCUGAAUGGCGGGAUAAGUUCCUGUCUUACAAGGAGCUCAAGAAGAAGCUCAAGCUCCUCGAGCCCAAAGGAGGCGAUAGGCCGACCAAGCGUUCGAGAGUGGAGGCCGCGGAAUCCACCCCCGGAAAAGGCCCGAACACCUCCAUAGAUGAGAAGCUGAGCAUGUCCAAGGAGGAGAUCGACUUCGAAAGUCUGCUGGAGAACGAGCUCGAGAAGUUUAACACGUUCUUCGUUGAGAAAGAGGAGGAGUACAUUAUCAGAUUGAAGGAGUUGCAAGAUAGGGUGGCGAAGGCAAAGGAUUGCAACGAAGAGAUGAUGAUACUUUGGAAGGAGACGGUGGAUUUCCAUGGAGAGAUGGUUUUGUUGGAGAACUAUAGCGCCCUUAACUACACAGGAUUGGUGAAGAUACUGAAGAAGUAUGACAAAAGAACAGGUGCUCUCAUUCGCUUACCCUUCAUUCAGAAGGUCUUGCAAGAGCCCUUCUUCACCACCGACCUGCUCUACAAGCUUGUCAAGGAGUGCGAGGCAAUGCUGGAGCGCCUCUUCCCCAUGAAUGAUCUCCAGGCUCCGCCGACGACCUCGCCAGCCAACAGGGAAGACGUGUGUGAUCCGGCAGCAACUUCGGAUACUACCAAGAAUGAUGACAUGCUCAGAAUGCCAAAGGAAUUUGCUGAGAUCGUGUAUAUGAAGAGCUUAUACAUGAAGAGCACUAUCUCAGCUCUGCGGGUUUUGAAGGAAAUUCGGAGUGGGAGCUCAACUGUUAGCGUUUUUUCAUUGCCACCGCUGCAAACCAGUGGGCUUGAGGAGACUUGGAUUAAAGCUCCAAUCCUGGAACAAGCAGCCAAGUAAUUGGAUUUGGGUAAAGAGAUUGAGACAAGUACUUACUUUUACUCGGGCAACUCUUACGACAGAUGCCUUGGAUACAAACAAAUGCAGAGUCCCAAACUCCACCUAAAAUCAAUAUAUGUAAGUUGUGUAGUAACAGAAUCUUUGUGAUUUAUAGAAGUGAAUGGUGUUUCCAGAUUUAGCACAGCAAAAAUUGGUUUCCAUUUUCAGUUCCGAGUACCAUGAUCUUUAGAUGGUUUCAUUCUCAUUAGAGAUGUUACUCCGGGUUACGGGGAAGCUCGACGAUCCAAAUGGGUUGGUACACAUCGUACCUAGUACGCAAAACCGAGGUACUUUAGCCCGAGAAGGGAGGUCCAAAGUGUUAUGGAUCCUGCUCAAACUCAAACAGUCAACCUCAAAACCACUGCCACGACUCCAAGACUUAUCAACACAGCAACAAACUCAAGAUCAGUUCCAACACUCAUCAGCUCAAAAAAUAUAGGAACAGAAGAUAGUGAUCAUUGGAUAAUUAUAGAAUGAAGUUUGUAACUUAUAUAGCACAUAGCCUUUGUAAACAUCCUUUGUUGUACUCGUUAUAUAUCUUAUCAUGUAAAGUCUUUAUAUUCU